CCGCGAGAGAGCGGCCAAAUACGGCUUGUCUUUCCCUUUACAACUGAUCGAUACUGUCUCUAAAACCCCAAUUCGGCUCCACAUGCUGAUCUCAAGACAGUGCUUUGGUUGCAGCAUUGGACCCAUAAUUUGAUCGUCGACGGCUUCCGACUCAUGCAAAGAAGAGAAAAUGCCCACGUAGAACACGCGAAUUUUGCUGGAGGGAAGAAGCUUACUUCAACAGCACGAAUCCUAGAAUUGAGUAGCGUUUGCUCUUGAAGAGAGACCAGAUUGUCACGUGAUGGCUUUUGACCCCGUCUCGGUUAGUCAACCUCGCCGCAACUUCGCCGCAAUUAUCGACUCAAAGCUACAUUAUCUGGGACUUCUCGUCACCUGCAUUAAGAUGGGCUCACAUUAUCACAAAAUAUGCCUCGCGACAUUGCAAGUGUCUUAACUAUCAUUCGCCUCACAUUUUUAGAGAAUGUCCCGCGCGAUGGACCUCCUGGACCAGCACAACCUGCAUGGAACCAUUCAAUGUCACUCAUUGCGCGGGAAAGAUUCUGGCAGUCUAUUAGUUGGGGAAGACAGAGUGAUGACCUCACCUGCGUUUACAUUUUGAUUUCAUGGAGGGACGGACUGCUGCCCUGGCACACCAUUACGCCCACCGCCCUGAGCAAAAUUACGUCUACAGACUUUUCGUAUACAUUCCUGCCACUCCUUCCCUAUCUGGCAACUCCUCCUCGGAUACACCAUCUAAGGGCACCUAAUCAUGCAUUCUACUCUUGGGGUGUGGUGUCUCUAGACAUCAUCUAUGUUCAGGCAUCUGCAGGUAGCGAUAUGGAAGCCUUUGUUAAUAAUUUGCAACUUGGGACAUGGACCCAGCCUCCGAGGACGUCUCGUCGAACCUCCGCGGGCGACGUUGAAUCAAUUCUUCGCGACUGGUCUGAGGGACCCCACGGAGCGUCAACCAGAACUUAUGUCAUUAUGAUAAAAUGGAGUAAUCGCGAGAUCGCCAAUCGAUUCAAGGAUCUCACAAAGCCAUCUUAUGUAUUUGGAUCCUGUAUCCCCGAUGAUACUUGGGGGAAAGAGUUUCUUGCCUUAUUCAGAGAGCUGCAUGAACGUGAUGCAUCGACGGAACACGCUACGUCGUUUGUUAAGAAUGUCACCGCCUCGUUAAUCGAACCCCCGAUAUCAUCUGGAACAAUAUUUUACGCAAUAGUUCACAUCAAUUUCAACCUGAGUCCUCGGGCAGGCUUCGUUAGGUCUGGGCGUAUUAUCAACGCUUUCCCUAGGACUGCUUUCAUCACCAUAGUCCACUUUGUCAAUGCCCUCACUGGCACAGCUUACAAAAAAAUAAUAGGUCCUGGAGGUGUCGUUAUAUAUCAUGUUCCUGGGUUUCCAAUCGGGCCUCUAAGCCUACCAAAAGUUCCAAGUUGCCCUCUAAUGCUGAAGAUAUUUGGUCUAUGCCCGAAAAGCCCCAGUGACCCAGGGAAUCCCGGGGAUCCCGGGGAUCCCGGGGAUCCGGAAGACCCAAAUAAAACACCAACGGGCAAACCUGACAAAUCGGCAAAGCAGACAUCAGAACCAGAAACUACUGCCACGGCCUGCAAGACCAUCAUUGGAUGCACGGGCACAGCUACAACAAUCACCACCGUAUCAUCGGAACACGCGCCUGCCUGCUCCCUGCCUAUCCAAGUACAGCCCUAUGACUCCAAUCCCGCAGGUGAUGCAGAAGGAGAUAUGUCUGCAGUAUGGUACUAUCUCGAGACACUGUUCCAGAUUAUAGUCCCUUUUUGCGAGCCAUACUCGGCCACCUCCAAUACCACGGCAACUACGUUCAGUACCAUAACAACGUCCUCUAGCAUCGUAACAACAUCCAGCACUGCGGCAUCUCCCGUAUCUUCGACUGGUCCCCAGUUCAACAUAACAUUCCACUAG